UACUCUAAUGGCUUCACCGAUAAAAGUCUUUCUAACAAACGUCGAGAAGCAUGGAGAUCAACCGUUUGAUAUUUCGGAGAUGUGUAAAAAAUUGGUGUUUGAUAUUGUCUGUACAUCAGCAUUUGGUGUAUCCACAAAUGUUCAAAAUAAUGAAACUAGCAAAUUUGUUGAAUCCGCUAACGCUGCAUUUUCAUCUGAUUCUGCUGAUAUUUUAGCUGCAAUAACAAUUUGUUUCCCGGAAAUAGGACCAAUAUAUACGUUUCUUCGACAUAAAAUAGAUAGUUUAAAGUACAUGCUGAAUAUACCUUCUCUGACGUACAUUUAUGAAACCUGUCAAAAAAUCGUCACCUCCAGGAAGAAAUUAGAAUCUCCUCCACCAGAUUUGCUGCAGACAUUGAUCGAUGCGGAAGAUGAGACUGUUGUAGAAAUGAAAAAACUUCCAGAUAAUUUCGUUAUUGCAAAUGCGAUGUUCCUUAUGGUGGCUGCAUAUCAAGGAACAAGUUCUACAAUAGGAUUGUGUAUUAAACAUCUCGCUCGUAAUCCUGACAUACAAGAGAAAGUCCGUGAAGAAAUAAACAUCAAUGUUUCUAGCGAUAUGGACAUCCAGUAUUCUGACUUGACCAAUUUUCAGUUGCUAGAUCAAGUUAUCUGUGAAAGUCUUCGGUUUCUGCCAAUGCCCAUAGUAACUGUUAAUCGAGUAUGUAAAGAAGAUUAUCGUUAUAAAGACAUCACCAUUCCGAAAGGUUGUAUUAUAACGAUUCCAAUACACCUUUUAAAACAUGAUCCAGCUUAUUGGAGUGAACCUGAUAAGUUUAAUCCCUACAGAUUUUCAUCCGAGGAACAGCAGAAAAUUGAUUCCAUAAUUUACCAACCAUUCGGAGCAGGGCAGAGAAUUUGUAUAGCACAGAGAUUAGCUAGAACUAUCAUGAAGCUAGUAAUGGCAAAUCUCAUACGAUCAUUUAAAUUAGAAGAAUAUAGAGACGAUGAAAGUGAAAGAGAGCCGACCGAAUUAUUCACUUAUACAAUCAAUAGAAUAAUGGUUAAAGCAACUCCAUCAGAUACCUGAUUGUCGACAAUACUACACGUUUUUAUUGUUGAACACAAAUAAUAAUUAACAAAGUAUAUAAAUUUAAUAACUUGAAUAAUAAAAAUGAAU